UAAACAUUAUUUAAUUUUACUGUUGAAAAUCAGCAUAGUUACUUAGAAGAACGAUUAGUUUUUCUUCACAAAUAACUUUUCUUGUAAGAUCUAUAUAAUGAAUGUUAUUGAAUACUUUGAAACAUGUUGAGAAAAUUCAUUCUUAUAUAGUAUUUUUAUGAUUUUGUCGAAUUGUUUAUUAGUUUCGAUAUAUAUUUAUCUGAACUUAACGAAUAUAAAGUAAUCAUGUAUUACUUGAUCAUAGAUAUAUUUCACAAAAUUCAAGAACUAUAUGAAAAAUGAAUAAUAUCUAUGGAUUAAUGGUUGAUAUUAAUUUCUUCAGUGAAUUCAUAAAGAGAAAUUUACAAAAUUUUUUUUCUGUUUCAGGAUUCACUAACUAAUUUAAAAUGUUUCUCAUUAAUAUGUUAUAAAAUUACUCGAGGAUAUGACAAUUUAAUUCUACCACUUCUUCGUCGAAUGUUAAAUCUUGAAGAAUUAAGUUUAUAUAUUCAUAUAUUGGGUGGAUCAACAUUCAUCUCUGGUACUCAUCUUAAUAAGAAAAUUCUUAGUCAUAUGUUACGACUUCAUACAUUCUCAUUUUAUUUCGCUUCUGAAAAUGUUGUUACUGAUUCACCUAUUCGUAUAUCUAAUUCAGAUAUUAAACAAACUUUUACGAAUAUAAAACAUCGACAGAUUGCUUCUUUGAUAGACUAUGAUGGUUGUGGGAACGUGAUUUGUCGUGUCUUUUCACUUCCAUUUAAAUUUGAUCGUCUGACAAAUAUCACAAAUAAUAUUCCAAAUAUUGUAUUCAAUUCUGUUACUCAUUUGAGAUUACGCGAUAAAUAUCCAUUCAAACACGAAUUUUUUGUUCGACUUGCUCGUGGUUUUCCAUUUCUUAAAAGUCUAUCUAUUGAUACUAUUCUAGCACCAAACUGGAGAGCUAACGAACAUCAUCUUCAACAUAUUGAUUGGUGCUCAAUUGUUGAAUAUUCUCACCUUAUUUCACUUGACAUCUGUUCUGCAAAUAUUUAUUAUGCUGAACAUUUUCUCAAUGAAACAAAAACAUAUCUACCUUGUUUAACUGAAUUAAAAAUUCGCUAUGAAGAUUUGGAAAUGGUGACAAAAAAUUUUACAAGCAAUGAAACACGACGUAAUUGUAAUAAAGUGAACCGAUUAAUUUUUAAAAAUUUCAUAGUUUAUCCGAAAGAUGUUUAUCAUUAUUUUCCUUUAUUGUGA